UCCAGAAAGCAUGCGAGCCACCAUCCCACGUCUUAUCCGCGUCGUGCCCCGGAGCAAACUGGCGACCGAGUAUGCCUCAGCAUCUCUUGUGCGGCCACUUCCAGAACCGGCUCCUUCGGUGAAGCAACCCAUUCUCAUCGAGGUGCUCCUCAAACGCAAGGCGGAAAUGGGCGCAAAAUACCCUUCAAAUAUCCGGAUAGAGCCCGUCUUGACCAAGAAGGCAUAUGAGGGUGUACCGGCGGAUACGAGGGAAGAGCUGAAGGAGCUUCUCAAGGAGCGGUAGAACAUGGUAUGUGAUCUGUGUCUCUGCAUC